AUGCCCUCACCUCCGCCACUCCCUCCUCGAUCCCCAUCCUAUCUCUCGCCAUACUCUCACGCCAACACACUCCUCCACACCUCUGAUCCCCGCAUUUCAUCAACACAGUCUCUCGUCCCAUCUGAGACAUCUCUCACGAAACGCAAGCUCCUCAUAAUCUAUAUUCAUGGAUUCUACGGCAACGAUCAGUCGUUUAAAUCUUUCCCUGCGCACGUUCAUGCGCUGUUGAAAGAAUUACUAUUUGACACGCACGUAAUUCACUCCAAGAUAUAUCCCAGGUACAAGACCUACAAGGCUAUUGAGGUGGCGAGAGAUAAUUUUAGUGCCUGGCUGGAACCGCAUGAAGGAGACGGGACCGAUGUCGUUCUCGUUGGACAUUCGAUGGGGGGGUUGUUGGCCGCAGAUGUCAUUAUGAUGCCAAAUACACGUCCAUACAAGCAACAAAAGUUCAAGCAUAGAAUCUUGGGCACGAUUGCCUUGGACUCGCCGUUCCUGGGACUGCACCCUGGCAUUGUGGUCUCAGGAAUUGCUAGUCUAUUCCAACCGUCGCCGAAACUAGAAGACCAACCUCAAUCCGAGACUCACAGCCUUGGACGCCCUCCUGGAUCUGAUGCAUCCUCUUCAUUCUAUGCACAAUCAUCUAUUGACUCAGAAAUUGAUUUGGCGGACGUCGAAACUUACACACGCCCACAAAGACAACCCAAUGAUCCCCAUUUUGAUCCCCCAUAUCCCAACGACGCCCCGUUUAGAGAGAAAUCAUUUGUGAAACGCCUCAUCAAUUUUACGACCAAGCAUAAACGCGAGGGGCUUUUUAACGCCGUCGGAAAACACAUCCUAUCACAUCUAGAGUUUGGGGGUUGUUUAGCAGACUAUCGUGGUUUGAAUUUGCGAUAUAAUAGGCUCCGUGCGCUGGAGGAUGUGGAUGAGAUCAAGGCCAUGGUGGAGGGUCAUCCGGCUGGCGCGUAUGCAAGGGUUCGGUUUGUGAAUUACUAUACGUUGUCUCCUGGUCGGCCGAAAGCAGCCAAGGCAGAGGACGUUGCGACCCAGGGGACUGAAGCCACGAGUGACUGGGCAGAACUGCAACUUGCAGAGUUGGAUAUUCAGGAUACGCAUGCUGAGCCCAGUGUUGCUGAUACUGAGAUAUCAGAUACGCCAGAGAAACGGGUUGACGAGUCCAUUGAGUUUGAAGAAGAGAACCCCGCCCCUCAAACGACUGACGGGCCAGGGGUCAAUUCCUCACCAGAUUCACAAGACCAGCCUGAAGGUGAACUCUCACCACUCAACACCCCCAACUUAUCUACAGAUGAACAUGAUACUCGCCCCAUAUCAAUGCAGGACAUAGAACCCAUUCCUCUUACGGAAUCCGAGACGCUAGAAUCCCAAAGUCAAGAUGCGACAGUUACAGACGACCUCGAUCUCCCACCGAUCCCGGAUCUUCCACGCAAGCCUACCCUCCCAGAUCUAGACGCUACGUUGGAUAAAGACGCAAAACACCAGGCCGAGAAAGAAACAAGACGUAUUGAAAAAGCCUACACACAAGCUGUCAAAGACCGCGCCAAAGCUAUCCAGGAAAGAGAGAAGUUACUUGAAAAGAGACGCAAAAGGGCUGCCAAAGAUGCAGAGAAACAGGCUAAAGAAGCUGAGAGGCUACGACUGAAGCAGGUGAAAGAAGAUGAAAAAAGGCGAAUUCGAGAAGAGGACAGGCCCAGCGAAAGCGUAUCUUCCGAAGUGACGCAGCCGAACCAGGAUGGAUCCGAGGAGGGCAAAAAGCCGAAGAAGUUGAAGAAAUUCUGCACUCUGCCGAGUAAACGAGAAGGGGCAAGAGACCCAACGUGGGUGGAUGUAUAUAUGGACGGAAUGGACGAAGUUGGUGCGCAUUGUGGUUUAUUCUUCUCGGGGCCGCAUUAUGAUAAAUUGGUUGGGGAUGUGGGGAGUCGGAUUGCACAGUGGGUUGAGGAUGAUCUGACCAAGAGGGCUAUAUUGGAGGUUGACUGA